AUGGCGCCCUCGACCUCGGAAGCCGCCGCGGGCGUCAACGCCAAGCUCCAGUCAGCCCUCCCGAACCCCAUCGCCGACAAGAUCCCCCACAUCCCCGAGUCCAAGGGCGAGCUCGAGGCCGACACGAAGGCUGCCGCCUCCGGUCUCGCCUCCCAGCUCCGCUCCCUCGCCGCCGGCGGCUUCGGCGGCGUCUGCGCCGUCGUCGUCGGCCACCCCUUCGACCUCGUCAAGGUCCGCCUGCAGACCGCCGACAAGGGCGUCUACUCGUCCGCCGUCGACGUCGUCAAGAAGAGCAUCGCCCGCGACGGCCUGCGCAGGGGCCUGUACGCCGGCGUCUCGGCGCCCUUGGUCGGCGUCACCCCCAUGUUCGCCGUCUCCUUCUGGGGCUACGAUGUAGGCAAGACCCUCGUCCGCUCCGCCUCCUCCGACCCCUCGGCCCCCCUCAGCAUCGCCCAGGUCUCGGCCGCCGGCUUCUUCUCCGCCGUGCCCAUGACCGCCAUCACCGCCCCCUUCGAGCGCGUCAAGGUCAUCCUCCAGGUCCAGUCCCAGCGCCUCAAACCCGGCGAGGCCCCCAAGUACGCCGGCGGCACCGACGUCGUCCGCCAGCUCUACGCCGAGGGCGGCCUCCGCUCUGUCUUCCGCGGCAGCGCCGCCACCCUCGCCCGGGACGGCCCCGGCAGCGCCGCAUACUUCGCCGCCUACGAGUACAUCAAGAGGCGCCUCACCCCCAAGGACCCGCUCACCGGCAAGCCCACCGGCGACCUCAGCCUGCUCGCCAUCACCGCCGCCGGCGCCGCCGCCGGCGUCGCCAUGUGGAUCCCCGUCUUCCCCGUCGACACCGUCAAGUCCCGCCUGCAGACCGCCGAGGGCAACGUUACCCUCGGCGGCGUCGUCCGCGAAGUCUACGGCCGCGGCGGCUUCAAGGCCUUCUUCCCCGGCUUCGGGCCCGCCCUCGCGAGGGCCGUGCCCGCCAACGCUGCCACCUUCCUGGGCGUCGAGCUGGCCCAUCAGGCCAUGAACAAGGCCUUUGGCUAA